GUGCUUGAGGUCCCCAUAAUCAAAGGUCGGAGUCGUCAAUUAAACGCACAAACGGUAUCUGACUUUCGACUCACAGCCGAUAGCUUGAUUCAUCAUCUUGGGGACCCAGCGGGAGCCGUGGUAGGCUUCACCCUGCACGGGAAAGACUGGCGUCUCAAUUCGAUCCCUUGACUGCCUCGUGCCCCAUCGUGUCGACACGCAGUCGGAGGGCAUUGCUUUGGAUAUAAAGAGGCUCGAAUCUGCGAGGCCAGCCAGCCCGCCGAGUGAAAGAAAAAGAACUUGAUCCAGUGACAGCCUUAAUAUCCAGACCUGUUCCAGAUGGCGUCGUCCCAAGGCCCCGUUUCGUCCACGGGGGCAAAACUGGGUGCCAAAACAUCCAAGGCCAUGCCGAGGGUACCAACAAAGUCGUAUACUGAGAUGCUGUUCGAAUUCAGUGAUGGCAAAGGCUACGAUAUUGGCUCCAUCCAGGCAGCGGAGAACAACACAAAAAUUACACUUGACCCGGAGUACCAGAUGAGGUGGGAGAUCACGCUUGGUGCCGCUAUCAAGCAACAAUGCGGAAGUAUUACAGACAGAACACACUACAUUGCCCGCAUUCCCAAGGGCUUUACGCUGAUCUUCGAUCCGAAGAAAGGGGAACGCCAUGUUGUCGGACACCCAGGCGGCAUGGGGAGGGACUUUUGGUAUCAUAAUGUCGGAGAAUUCGCACCUCAUGCACUCUGGCUUGCAGCACCUGCGCCCUACGACCGCUCAAAAUGCUCGUGCGAGCCGUGUAAGAAGAUGCUGGGGAAACCAAAAGCCAAGGAGUCCAAGAAGCCGGCACCAAAACGCAAGCAGCCCGCCGCUACUACCCCCAACAAUACCGCCUCCCGCCCAUCAGCAACUACUACAACCAUCCCUACUACGACUCCAGCCGCGGCAACUGCUGCCAAUGCCGUCAGUGCCGCAAGUGCUGCCGCCGCAGCGACCGCUACAGCUGCUCCUGCUGCUGUUGCUGUUGCUGUUGCUCCCCAGGUAUCAGCAGCCCCCGCCGAAAAGCCUGUUGCUGCGGUACCAGCCAAACCUCCAGUCAAGCCAGCCCCCAAGCCAGUCGUCGCCAGGCCACCAACUCCUCCCCCACCCGUGGACGACCAUUCAAUUUACCGGGCCGGGGAAGUUGUUUGGUAUGGCACCCAGACGGGCAUCUGGCGCAUUGGGCUCAUUCUGUCGCGCGCACGCGAGACCACUGAGACAGACACGUGGGUCGUCGCGCCUUUAGGCCAUAAGAUACUCAAUCAAGAAAGCAGCGUCAAACCGGCGGCACAGAUGCGACCUUUCCACGCCUUCAGCCUGCCGGGUAUCGACAUCCCGGAACUGCAGGAGAGUGCGUUUGCCGAGAUUGACUGGCCUGACUUUGUCCACCGGUACGCGGGCAACAACGCCCACAAGCAGCAGCUGGUGGGCCUGGAGGCUUCCAAGAUGGCGGCUAGGGAUGUCAACGUCUCCUUCUCCACUUUCAACAGACUUGGGGCCAUCACUCCCGAUGGCCGACGUGGAUCAUAUGGUGGCAUAUUCCUUGGUCCGGAAAUGAUACGUGUGGGUGAUGCUGUCAGGGUUACACGUCUCAUCGGAGAGCAGGAUGGAAGCCCGGAUAUUAUGGAGAUCAAGCAUAUUGUGGACGACGAAGACUGUCUGCAACCCAAGUUUCACGGAGACGUCUGGCGUUCGCAAAUCGUUCCACUCGAGGCGCCAGAGCAGAGCUGCCAGCCGCAAGGCGUCGACCUCGUGCGCCAGAUCCAGAUCACGAACGAGGUCCUGCCACACCAGGGUGGACGUUUGGACUGGUUUCUGAUAGAGACGGACGCCGAAAGGGUUGAAGCUGACGUACGUGGCCGAUUUUAUGUCACUUUCGACUUGCUCCCGGACGUUAAAGCUAGCUUGAUGGAAGGCAACCCAUUCGACGACGGCACUCAGCGCGUCAAUGCGCGGCUGAGGCCUGACAAGCCUUUCUACAUUGGUCGCAAGGAGAACAGAAGGGCCACGUUUGGGGACUCGGCGUCCCUCGACAUGCUGGACCUUGGGCCUAAUGUAGUGGAGGGCUAGGGGAAUUUAUUAUUUAGCGCUUUCUGGGAUUGACUAUCGGUCCUUGCCAAAAGUUAGAAAACAACCACCUCACAAGGGCGGUUUCAUUGAGCCGCACGUGGCGAAUUCACCAACUAUCUAGAACGCCCCAUUCUGUGAGAAACCUGAGUUUAUGUGCUCGGGGGAGAAACAUAGCCAAUGAGAUUUCUAAGCAAGCUACGCGUAUAUCAGCACUUGCAAUACACAGCCAUCUUUUUGGAUAUACCUUGGUUCCUGCUCGACCUAUUUAGAGAGACUGUUCGAUCAGAUAUGUGUGCUUGUCAGGUGGGAAACUAAUGCUACCUAGUGCUAGUCUAGUAUUGAUCACGCAACACAAUAGGAAUUCUCGUUAUAGCGCCUGGGCCUUCUGGGUUAUACAUCAAAAAGUACAAACCUGUCUGCACUUGGCACCAAAAGGAAAGCGGAUAACACAGUGGCACAAAGGUGUCUGCUCUUACUUCUCCUAAACGCAACCAUGGAAGCACAUGGGGGAAACCCCCCCAACGGUCCUUUGUUCUCAUGCCAUUCUUACUUCUUCUUUUUUCUUUUUCUUUUCUUGGCCUACACAAAGGCUGGCGUCGCUCAAGGCGGUCGACACAUUUAACCCACCAACCGGGAACGUAGUAUCGGGCAGUCCCACGAACUAUAAUCGGAACAGGUCGGGCCCGUCCAACGGCGUUGCGGUCUUUUAUAGUUUUACAGUUCAAUAAAGAGAAAACGAUGGAGGGGAAAGUAGGGGUGUGUGCACUAGGAAACUAAGAGAGCAAAGUAAAAUAAUCAUCAAAAUUAAUGAUAAAGAGAGAGUGUGAGAAAGAGAAAAAAAAAAAGAAAUACGCCGGAAGACAAUCGAGCCAGUCGUCGCGCUAGCCUAGACAGCUUUCUAGUCACAAUAACCGGACAGCCU